UUCAACAUGAAGUCCAGUGGCCUCUUUCCCCUUGUGGUGCUUCUUGCCCUGGCACCUUGGGCUGGGGAAGGUUCUCCAAGUCGUGAGUUGGAGUUCCCUGGGCUAAUCACGGCUGCAGGGUCAGAGAUGGGGUCUCUUGGUGGUGUGGAAGGCGUGAAAGCUGGAGUGUGCCCUCCUAAAGUACCUGCCCCGUGCCUUAAAAAAGAGGAACGCGAGUGCAUUAGUGACUGGACUUGUCCCGGGUCGAAGAGAUGUUGUCCUCAUUUUUGUGGCAUGAGAUGCCUGAAUCCUCAUAAGAUCUCAAUCUCAGUGAAGGAGAAGCCUGGGACGUGUCCAGCGGUCUAUGGCUAUUGUAUGAUGCUUAACCCCUCCAAUUCCUGUGAGAGUGACGGCCAGUGCCAGGCUAAAUUCAAGUGCUGCGUGGGUAUGUGUGGGAAGAUCUGCAGUUCCCCUGUGGAAGUCUGAUUUCUGCCAUGGGAGGAGGCUCUGGAGUCCUACUCCAUUUGGCCCGGGAGCUCCCUUUCUGCUCCUGACUUGGAUCACUGGGCACUCUGCUGAGGGCUUGGUUCCACCAAACCCACCUUGGGGAAAGGCUCCGCACACAGUCGCCUUUCAGGAAAUACUAGUUGAUCAGUGAAUAAAUAAAUGAGGCUAUUUCUCUCUGUA